GAUCAACUUAAAAUAAGAAACAGUAAGUAGCUAGGCCUUGCUUUUCAAUCCUUUAAUUCCUUUUGGCUGUUUAUUUCCUACUUUGAGACUUUACCAUAAAAAACCAUCCAAAUUCUUUGAACCAAGGGAGUUUAAUUUCAUCCCACAUAUAUGAUCACUAUUUCCUAGCUACUUUUCUUUCCUUCACUGAACUCUACCUUCUCCAUCUUUCCUUCUUUUCCCAUUUCUUCCUUGUAUAACAUGGCCAACACAGUUAACAAAGCUCUCACUUCCUCUUUCUACUUGUUCUUCUCCAUAAUUGUCAGCUUCUUUGUUCUAACCAAGCAAGAUAAUCCAUGUCCAUAUCCAUGUUACCCUCCGCCAACAGGCACCGGAGGCGGCGGUGUCACUCAAACACCUCCGGUUAGUAGUUACCCACCACCUUCACAAACAGGACUAUACCCUCCACCAGUUACGUCCUACCCUACACCAACAGGGAAUUUACCAUAUUACGUCCCCCCACCUCCUUAUGGUAAUUCUUUAUAUGGUCAGCCACCUCCUGAUGCUGUCUUGCCUUAUUUUCCAUACUACUAUAGAAAACCUCCUCAUGAAACAGAUGAUCAGUCAUCAGCAACAAAAGGUAGUCCUGGAAAAUCAUUGAUCACAAUGAUUGCAACCACAAAUCUUCUUGUAUUUAUUUUUCUAGUUGUUUGUAGUUUAUGGAAUUACUAGCUAGUGAAAAAAUUGCGUAAAAUAUUUAUGUUUAAUUAGCCACGCAUGUCAAUUUCUAUGAUGUUUCAUUGAGAGGAAUUAAAAAAGAGUUUGGGAUCCAAUUGCGAUGCUUUCAGUUGCUGAAAAAAGGUGUAGAAAUGGUGAUGAAGUGAAAGACAAAGGAAUCAAAGAGGUGGUGGGGGUGGUCCAGGCAUUUAUUCCUUUGUUUGGUAAUGGAUGAGAUGAGUGUGUUUAUUUUUGUUUCCACAUUUUAAUAAUCCUGUUCGUCUUAAUUCUUCUGAUUAGAAUUUUGCUAAUCCACUUGAUCGCAUCAUCUAUUUUGGAUGAGUUCAAAAUGGACUAUAUAUACUGGAACUUUAAGCAAUAAGUAA